CCUACUUUCCGACCUAAGCCCCGAGUGCAAGUGCCAGUUUAGAUGCAAUUGGCAAAAAGCUUGCACACGUGCAUCGGCUUUCAGUUGGCUUCGAGUGGCGUUGCUGAAAGAAAGUGAGAGUUGCAGACUUUGAAUUUUGAAUUGGCGCUCAAUAGGUCUGAGGUUGAAAGAAGUUUCUGGAAGGAUGAAGUUGGAAUAUAGGAAAGUUCAAACGGUAGCAGCUGAACGUUUGGAAAGGUUUUUCCACAAAACCGAUGCCUUUGUCGAGGUACAUCCGGGUUCUGUGAUUAUGCCAGUACGGUUUCAGGAGAUUGGUGAGGAUAUCCUGAAGCUGGAUAUUCGGAAGGACGAUGUGUGGCUGUUGUCCUACCCGAGAACUGGAUCUACCUGGGCUCAGGAGAUGAUUUGGUUGUUGGGAAACGACUUGGACUACGAGGGUGCUAAGAAUAUCCAGCAGGUGAGGACACCGCUGCUCGAGUUGUCUGCGAUCUUCCAGGAUGAUCUUAGUGUGACAGACUUUGUAACCCAACAUGAGAAAAUCAACUCAGUUACAUGCGUGCAUAAUUUGGCAAGUCCUCGAUACGUGAAGUCGCAUCUACCUUGGCAACUUCUACCAGAACAGAUGGACACGGUUCGACCAAAAAUGAUCUACAUAGCUCGAAAUCCUAAGGAUUUGGCCGUAUCGUAUUACUACUACUGUCAACUAAUCCACCAGGUGGACAAAAGCUUUGAGGAGUUUUGUGAUAUUUUUCUGGAUGAUCAUGCCCCGAUUAGCCCAAUGUGGGCCCAUAUGUUGUCGUUCUGGGAACGUCGAGAUCAGCCCAAUAUCCUUUUCUUAAAGUAUGAAGAUAUGAAACGGAACCUGCCGCAGGUGAUUCGGCGUUGUUCUCAAUUUAUGAACUUUGGCCGGGAGCUGACGGAUGCGGAAGUGCAAAAGUUGUGUGACCAUCUGCAGUUCGACAGGAUGCAGAAAAAUCCGGCUGUCAAUAUGGAACCAUUAAUCAAGAAUUCGCCCCAAAUCGAUGGACAAGCAGCAGUUAAGUUCAUCCGGAAAGGCGCUAUCGGUGAUUGGAAGAAUUAUAUGGAUGAUAGUUUGUCCGCUAGAUUCGAUGCUUGGAUUCAGAAAAAUUUCAAUGGAAAAGGACUUGAGUUUGAAUAUGAAUGAUAAGUAUCAAAAAGUGAACCAUUUUUUAUAACACUGAAAAGUAAUAAAUUGAUAUAAACAACAAACAAAGAAAAAAAAUCAGUUGUUCCAAAAGUCCAGCAGUUAAUACCAGAUAAAAUUGAGUAUCAAAGCAAAAAAAAAACCUAAGCUGUCGAACAUCAAAAUCCAUGUUGCCGUCUGAUGGCCAACAUUAUAUCAAAACUACAGUUAAACCACACGUAAUUGAUUUCUGCACUGCUAAUUGAAGCCAACCCAAACGGAAAGAAAAUGU